AUGGCAGCAAGUGUGUUUUUCCUGAAAAGAGCGCUUUGUGUAGAGGCUGCCUCCAGGCCAGGUCUUAUCUGGUUCAGCGGGGAGGAUGUGAAUUCUUUCCAGGAGACUCAGUCUGAUUUGGAGGUGAUCUUAGAGUUCCUAGAGGAGUACUACAGACAAAACACUGGAGAAAAUGUGGACAAGAUGUACUGGGCUGCAGGUGUGGAUGAAAGAAGUGCACCUGUGGAUGAAGUGUCAUGUGAGCAGCGCUGGACGUGGUAUGAGCCACCUAGCAUCAAGCCUGCACCUCAGCCCUUCCUGGCACAAUAUGCCCCACCACCCCUCAGCCGAAACACAACAGCGACAUUAUCUGAUCAUGUAUCAGUGCCAAAGUUUGUAUCAACACGACACGACGAGUCAACCAAACACCAGCCCACAGUGGCGGGGAACGCCGCUGGGGCAUUCCCUAAAACCCUAUUUCAAAUCCCUGUCAACGCUUCUUCCUACAUGGCACUUACUGCUCUCUCAAUGGCUGCAGGUAGAAAAGUGCGACUCUUUCACUUCCUCUUUGAGAUGUUGGAGGAUCCAAACAUGGCCCACUGUGUGUCCUGGGUGCCAGCGGCCGCCGGCGUUUUCCGUUUUUCCUCCAGGAACAAGGACCAGGUGGCGGCACUCUGGGGGCAGAGGAAGGGCAACAAGAGGCCCAUGACUUAUCAGAAGAUGUCCCGGGCCCUCAGGAACUACGCCAGGUCCGGGGAGAUCUUCAAGGUCAAGAAGAAGCUCACCUACCAGUUCAGCCGAGACACCCUGAUGUUACUGCAGAAGUGUCAUCGAGCAGAUUUCUAGUGUAAACUAGAUUUUGUGUUACUCGUAUCGUCUCAUAUAAAACUCUAUAUGUUCUCUUUAUACCUGUUUUUUAUGUCUAGGAACCUGAACUUUAAUUUUAAGCAUUUUUCCAUUCUUGUGUGACAAACUUCAUUU